AUGUUAUUAAAAUACACUUUGGACCCAACGUUAAAACGUACCAAAUUGGGUGAGAAAGAUACCAAAGCAGGACUGUUAGAAACCUUUAUCCUACGAAACGAAGAUUGGCCUAUUGUGUUACAGUUUCUGGUCAAUGAGUUCGGCACACAGGAGCCUAUUAACCAUGCUUUUAGUAGGUUUUUAAUUAUGUUUUUACUUAUAAUAAAACUAUGCUUACUGUAACUGUUUUUUGAAAUUUUUUGUUUUUAUGGUAUUUUUACUUCAUAUGAACAGGCGAAAGAUUAGUUUAUUGACUUUGAGCAUGUAUUUAUAGCAUGCAUAUGUCAUCUACUGUAAUAUUUUAGGCCUGAACCCCACAGAUUUGAUAGCUGGCUUUCAGGACCAGAUUAUCAACAAGUGGUCUUCUUCAGAAGCUUCAAUAGUAGUCUUAAGAGACAACCAGUUGGCGGCUGUCAUAAUCAACUGGAUAGUUAAUAUCGACCAACAGAAAGAAUAUCAACCAGCCGUGAUACGACAGGAUUACUCUGAAAGUAAGUUUUCUCGGUUAUUUUUAUAGUACUAAUCUUUAUUUAUGAUAGCAAUAAUCAUCUUUACAGUACACAUAAAUAUAAUCAACAAAUUUUUGUUAUAUAAGCAACUAUUACUGUAACAUAACGUACUAUACUACAUACUUACACAUGAUGGGUAUUUUAAUAUUAAUAAUUUGACCUUGUAGUAAUCAAAGCGCUACGCCUUGAAGUCGAUGAUUAUACCACGAACUUUCCUAUUGUUGGAGCGGUCAUAGAUGACCUAGAGCAAGCAGUACCGUACUAUAUUCCAGAUUCUGACAAGUUUAUGAGGAUUGACAUUGUUAAUGUUGUCAAAGAGUUUCAAGGGUAAGAAAGGUAGUUAUAAUCAUGUUAAUGUACCUUUACUACGCAUGAUAUAAAAGCUUUAGUAACACUUAGAUAUUGUGUUGUAAAAUACUGCAUGCUUGUUAUUACAGUAUUGUAUGCUCAUACAUAUUAUAGUAGUUUUAUAUUCUUUAGGCUUGGAUUGGCCCGGUAUCUCUGGAGCCUAGCUUUAAAAAUGGCCAAAGACUUGGAAGUGUCAUAUGUAGAGAGUAUAUGUACAGCUGUGGCUACGCAAAAGAUUGCCAGAUCUGUAAGUAUAUGAUGGAUUUUUAUCAUACUGUAUGGCAACAAUAUGCCAUACAGUACGAACAUAGUAUUCAUUAUGUAAUAAUUUACAAUAGAUGAAGAUGUUGUUUAAAGCAACUUAUCAUUAAAUACCAUCUUUUAUUAAAAAUGGUUACUAUGGAGUUUACACUGUGUUUUUUGUAUCAAAACUUUUAUUUUCAGGCCGGUUUUACUCCAGUAUUUGCUCUACCAUACGGUGAACUAAAAGAAAACGGUAAUAAUUUACUGCCUCGUACGUUGGUGGAUGGUUCUGAUAGUGCACAUAUCAUGGUAAAGAACUUGAAUCAGUCAGAAAACAUCAGACCGUCUUGA